ACACAGAAGGCAUCAUUUAGCUACCUGACUUGUGAACUUUUAACCUACGAAAAUAUGAAGCAAAGUAUUUGUUUACGAAGUUGAUAAUAAUUGUAUCUAGUUACAAAAAAUGUAGAAGUUGCUGCUACUUUAGUGGAGCCCUCUACCGUCGAGCUCCAGCAACUUUCUGCGGAUUCUACUAAACAACACAGCCACAAAGUGAAAAUUGGUUAGGUUUAGAAAGGAAUGGGAAUUUUAGAAAUAGAGGGGUUAAUGAAUUUGUGGCUGUAGUAACUAGUGACGACCCCCAGAUCACGGAAACCGCAAGUCUCACCAACAUUGUGUUGCUCGUGCAUCCGCGGUUCUUCUACUGCGCGCUCACGACUCCGGUUCACUCACUGCAUGAUGGCGGAGGGAGGCGGACCCGAGUCGGGUAGCUCGGCAGACUCCGAUCCUGAGUCUGUAGCCGCUCAAAUACCGACACCUUCAACCGACAGUCAAAAACAGUGUAUCGGAACACUUCUCAAAACAACUCUACGAAAGAGCGACGAGUGGUUUCUGAUUGAUAGCCGGUGGUUCAAGCAGUGGAAAAAAUAUGUGGGAUUUGACAGCUGGGAUAUGUACAAUGUUGGAGAGCACAGUCUCUAUCCCGGCCCUGUUGACAACUCUGGCCUGUUCUCAUACCAUGAUACCCAGAUCCUGAAGGAGCACCUUAUAGAUGAGCUGGACUAUGUCCUUGUGCCCACUGAGGCGUGGAACAAAUUUGUCAGCUGGUAUGGUUGCCUUGAGGGCCAGCGGCCCAUCGCCAGAAAGGUGGUUGAACACGGCAUGUUUGUCAAGCACUGUAAAGUUGAGGUCUAUCUGUUGGAGCUCAACUUGUGUGAGAAUGACAACAUGGACAAUGUGGUCACACGUCAUUUCAGUAAAGCUGACACUAUAGACACCAUAGAGAGGGAGAUGCGGUCACUAUUUGAGAUCCCAACGGGGAAGGAGACUCGACUGUGGAACAAGUACAUGAGCAACACGUACGAGCAGCUGAACAAGCCAGACAGCACCGUACAGGAUGCUGGUCUCUUCCAGGGCCAGGUGCUCGUGAUUGAAUGCAAGAACGAGGACGGCACGUGGCCCAGACAAGCCUCCCAUCCAAAAUCCAGUACGGCUACAUCCAGGAAUUUCACUACCUCUCCAAAGCUCUCUUCUAACUCGUCGGCAACUAUCUCCUCAACAGUAACCAAUGGGGACAGCAGCAACUCUGGCUAUACACUGAACAACAGCACCUCCUCUGGCAAUAGAUUGGGAGGUUACAAUUCAUACAGCUCCUCCUACAAUUACAGAGAGUCACCAUCCCAACCUGGCCUCUGUGGUCUCAGUAACCUAGGCAACACCUGCUUCAUGAACUCCGCCCUCCAGUGCCUGAGCAAUGCGUGCCCUCUCACUGAAUACUUCCUGGAUGACCAGUAUGAGGCGGAGAUCAACCGGGAGAAUCCAUUAGGAAUGAGGGGGGAGAUCGCAGAGGCCUACGCAGACCUGGUCAAGCAGAUGUGGCUUAGCCGCAGCAGCUAUGUGGCUCCCCGCACCUUUAAAACCCAAGUGGGCCGCUUCGCCCCCCAGUUUUCAGGGUACCAGCAGCAGGACUCCCAGGAGUUGCUGGCCUUCCUGAUGGACGGGCUCCACGAAGACCUGAACCGCGUUAAAAAGAAGCCUUACCUGGCCCUGCAGGACGCAGGGGGGCGGCCAGACGAGAUUGUAGCUAAGGAAGCAUGGACUAACCAUCGCCUGCGCAAUGACUCAAUCAUUGUGGACAUAUUCCAUGGCCUGUUCAAAUCCACUCUGGUGUGUCCAGAGUGUGCCAAGGUCUCUGUGACCUUUGACCCAUUCUGCUACCUCACACUCCCUCUGCCCAUGAAGAAGGACCGAACUAUGGAGGUGUUCUUGGUCCGCAUCGACCCCGAUUCCAGACCCACGCAGUACCGAGUGGUGGUCCCCAAGCUUGGCUCAGUGACAGACCUGUGCAGCGCCUUGUCCAGGCUCUCUGGAAUCCCUGCUGAGAAUAUGGUGGUGGCUGAUGUUUACAAUCACCGGUUCCACAAGAUCUACAGACGAGACGACGGCCUCAACCACAUCAUGGAGAAAGAUGACAUAUUUGUGUAUGAGGUGGCGGAGGAGGACAGGGAGAGGAUGAACCUGCCUGUGUACUUCAGGGAGCGCCACUCCAAGCACACGGGCGGCUCCACGGGCACCAUGCUGUUUGGCCAGCCCCUCCUCAUUACUGUUCCCCGGCAGAACCUGGCCGCUGACAUGCUCUACGAGAAGGUGCUGGAGAGGAUUGGGCGCUACGUGAAGCGCUUUCAGAGCUCCAACGUUGAGGGGAGGGCCUCCGCCUCUGCCUCCUCGGCCAGCUGCAGCCUGGUAGCCGAGUGCUCAGCAACAUCCUCCAAUCACAACGCUGCAGCGAGUGGGAGUGGUAGCCCCCUGUUAGAAGGGGCGUCCUGCAGCUCCAGCAACGGCAGCAACCACUCGGGGUCCUCCAACAGGUCCAACGGGAAUGGGAGGUGUGAGGGUGAGGAGGAGGCCAUGGAUCACCAGGUGAGCCCGGAGCCAGAGAACGGCCAGUCGGGGGAGGAGGAGGAAGCCUCGGACCUGGAGAAUGGCCCUAAAACCAAAGAGUGCUCCAGCACCCCGCCCAAACUCUUCUCCUUCAGCAUGGUCAACUCCUACGGAACGGCCAACAUCAGUCCACUGCCUUGUGACGGAAACGUCCUCAAACUCAAUACACAUUCCACAGUGGCGAUUGACUGGGACUCGGACACAAAGAAACUGUGUUACGACGAUCAGGAAGCAGAGGCCUAUGAGAAGCACGAGAGCAUGCUCCAGGCCCAGAAGAAGAAAGCCACAGUGGCUCUGAGGGAAUGCAUCGAGCUCUUCACCACAAUGGAGACGCUAGGAGAGCAUGACCCAUGGUAUUGCCCCACCUGUAAGAAGCACCAACAAGCCACGAAGAAGUUUGACUUGUGGUCGUUGCCUCGCAUCCUGGUGGUCCACCUGAAGCGCUUCUCCUACAACCGCUGCUGGAGGGACAAGCUGGACACGGUUGUGGACUUCCCUGUCAGGGACCUGAACAUGUCUGGGUUUGUGUGUGACCCCAAGGCCGGCCCCUAUGUUUAUGACCUCAUAGCAGUCUCCAACCACUAUGGAGGAAUGGGAGGAGGCCACUACACAGCCUACGGCAAGAACAAAGCUGAUGGGAAGUGGCAUUACUUUGAUGACAGCAGUGUCUCGGCUGCCUCAGAGGAUCAGAUUGUGACAAAAGCAGCCUACGUGCUAUUUUACCAACGCAGAGAUGCGGGCGACGCCCCUGCCAAGCUUCCUCCCUCUGCCUCUCUGGGGGGUGCCACCACUGAAGCAGCCGAUGAUCACAUGGAUACCAACUGAGCAGCGCUGAUGCUCAGGGACACUCACUGAAGCAAAAAUAAUGACGAAAGAGACACUUUGAUGCACACACCAAGCUACUUCAGUGACAUAAGACUUCUCAGAGUCUAUAUUAUUAACUCCCCCCAGCCCAGUACCCGCUGUGUUUUAUUUUAUUUUGCUCGUACAUCGUCACAAAGAGUCAAAAGCCUUGUUGGAUACGUGACCCGCGAGACUUCCUCCCGGAGCUGGUGGCCUGCUGAUGUAUGAAACCUAGUUUACUGGUUUGUAAAAAAUAAGGGGAAUAAAAGGCAAAGAAUCCUCUCA